GGAACUGAGAGGAGGUUGUGGGACUGAACAGGACUGGGCAGCCGGGGCAGCGCAGCGGAACACCACCCACCACAAAACAACACAUCACAACUCAACACAGCGACCGGGACUGAGUCGAGCAGCGCCAGGGCAGAACAGAACAGCACAGCGCAGCGCAACGCAACGCAACACAACACAACGGGCGAGGCGCUGGUACAGCACAGACUUUGCACCGACCUGCGAGAUGAAGGAGUCACGCUUCAGCGAGAACUUCUGGAGCACGGACAUAACCAGCACCGUUGGCUAUGACAAUCUGAUUCAGCACAUGAACGAUGGAAGGAAAACCUGCAAAGAGUUGGAGGAUUUUAUCAAACAGAGGGUAUCCAUCGAGGAGAAGUACGGGAAGGAUUUGGUUUCAUUGUCGAAGAAAGUGUGUGGUCAGAAUGAACUGAAUACGCUGAAGAGGGCAUUCGACGUCUUUAAACAACAGAUUGAGAAUGUGGGGCUGUCACACAUCCAGCUAGCAAGCAGUUUACGGGAAGAAAUCAAAAAGCUGGAGGAAUUCCGGGAAAAACAGAAGGAUCAAAGGAAAAAGAUUGAACAUUCCAUGGAAAAUUUGCACAAACAGAAGAUAAUGUUCUACAAGAAAACAAUGGAUUCCAAAAAGACAUACGAGCAGAAAUGCAAAGAAAAGGAUGAGGUUGAACAGAUGUUAAAUCGAAGCGCUGGCGUCAGUAACUCCAAACAGCAGGAGAAAUUGCAGGCGAAGGCAAACCAGAGCAAGCAAAGUGCCGAGGAUGCUGAUCGGCAGUACCAGCACAAUGUCUCCACCCUGGAGAAAAUCCAAGAGGAGUGGCAAACGGAGCACAUCAAGACCUGUGAGGUCCUUGAGAAGCAGGACUGUGAGAGGAUACACAGCAUUCGUAACGCGAUGUGGGUCCAUACCAAUCAGCUCUCCCAGGACUGUGUGACCAGUGAUGAGAUGUAUGAGGAAAUACGGAAGGUGCUGGAACAGUGCAAUAUUCAGAAAGACCUCGACUUCUUCAUUGACUUGAAAAGAACUGGAGACAUACCGCCAGCCUUCAUCCUAUAUGAGAACUAUUACAACGGGCAGAGAGGAGUACCUCUGACCCGAGCUCCUGUAAAUCCCAGACGCAUGCCUCUACCAAGCCCUGGGAGUUCAGAGUGUGAACCACAAUAUGCCUCUGUUGGAGACAAUGGUUACAGUUUUGUUCGGUACCAAUAGCAGUGUUACAUCCGGGAUCUCGACAGCACAAAUGCCAACAGAUGCUCUGUGAUGGUGGAACAUCAACGUGGUCACCAAGAGAUGCAAGAUCAUAUGAAUAUAGUGAUAUAGUGAUUUGGGUUGCUAUCACAGAAUCCAGCCCUUGCUGCUGGGAUUUGUAUAUACAUAUAUAUAUUUAUCUAUCUAUCUAUCUAUCUAUAUUCUUUCAUCAGACUAACACCCCAGAUCUUUAAGAUGCCAAGCUCAAUUUGGAUGGAUUUAUUUAUUAAUCUCUUCCCUUCUCCUUCCUCUCUCCACCCUGUCGAACCAUCUGACCAUUUUCACAAAUGGCCUUUAUGGCUUUGCUAGUUAAUUCUAUGUAGGAUGUACCCAAUUAAAUCUCCCCUCUAAUGCUGACUGAUCAAGGCUUGAUUGGCGGUAAGAGUUUUAGAAUUGGUCUCCGUGCCAUUGGGUUGAAUCAGUCAUGCCUGCACUUACUAAUAUAGGGAUGUUGAAACCAAUAACCUACUCGCGCUUCUUAAAUCUGCAUUAAGCUGGUGGAAGAAAAUAAUAGUAAGGUAAAGGCUCUUCUGCAAUGUACAAAGAGCUGCCAUCAAAUAAGGAAGAAAUGGUCAUUCUGCAUAACCCACCUGACCAUUUGAAGCAUGUUGAAAGAUAGAUGUUAAAAUGAGAAUAUACUUCCUAGCAUUGAACAAAAAUACAUAAUUGAUGUGGUUUGUUAAUGGUGUUCAAUAAGUGCAUUCUCAAUAGCAAUUGGUGCAAUAGCCUAUGGGGAGGGGGAGGGGGGUGACAAACUGGAGAGGUGUGGAGUAUGGGUGGUUGGAAUAUGCAAAUUGAAUGAUAUUGGUGUUGGUGGAUUUUUUUUGGGGAGAGGAGACUGGAUAAAACUUUUUUGGGUAUAUAUUUGGUAUGCUUGCUAACUUCCAUAUAACAGUGUGGACAAAAUAAAAAUGACUUGCAUCCACUUCUCUGCUUUCUUAGUGUUGACAAUCUGCCCUGAAGCAUUGGAGUGUUUUUUAAAUGAACCAGUCAUGCUUUCUGCAAGGAGACUACUGUUUGCUGCUAGCAUGUGUACACUCAGAUACUAGAGGAAGUCAGUCCCUUACCUUCUACUUCUGGUGAUUCCAGUCUUUCAACAACAAGGAACAGCAGAUGCUGGUUCUCCAAGGAAAGGCACAAAUGCUGGAGUAAAUCAGCAGGUCAGGCAGCAUCUCUGGGGAACAGAUAGAUGACGUUUUGGGUCAGACAGAAAAUAGGUACUGACGCAAAACAGCACCUAUCCAUAUUCUCCAGGGAUGCUGCCUGACAUGCCAAAUUACUCCAGCAUUUUGUUUCUUUUAAACCCUAGCCCCUUUCCUUAAAAUCAAAAUACUCUUGAGUCUGCUGUUUCCAUUUUGCAUGUCUGCCAACUUGCAGGUAAAAAAAGAAGCUUAAAUGGGCAUGGGUAGGUCGAAUUAACUGGGACUAUUCAUUUACCUGUCACUGUAAUUCAUAAGCCCUUUGCAUUCACAAGACAUUGAAUUUGCUGCACUAUUUUGCGUCCUGUAAGUUUUUGUACAGCUUAUUUCUUGUGUAAAUUGUAUUUGUAUUAACAAUGUGAUUAGUUUGAAGAGUGACUGUCAUGUUUUUUUCCCCCCCAAGACCAGCUCAAAGUUGGAAACAAUUUCAGACAUUUAAUUUACUUGCAAUAUGUGACCCAAUUGUUGUGUUAAAAGAUCUUUCACUUGGUUUCUGGUGCAAAUCUGAGGAACAUUGGACCCUGUCACCAUUGCAGUGCAGUUCAUUUUUCCUUGGCGUUCUUAUUGUUUAGCUAAUUUAAAAUAAAGGUAAAUUAUGUUCCAAGCACAGCAGUGGAGCUUGUGCUUUUGCAGAUUGGACUGACUUUGUACCUGGCUCCUUUCAGGGACUUGGGUCUAUGGUGCCUACUGUAACUGGCAGACCUUUAAAAACUCUCAAAUCUAUAUUUUAACAAAAAGAAUAACUGGAAAUCAAGAACCAUGGUAAAUAUUGUUAUAUGAAUUUACUUGUAAUAUUUUUGUAACUAAGUUACUGUUGAUUUGAAUAAAAACACAAAAUGCUGGAAA